AGCACCUAUCUAUACCAAAAUACCACUAAUAAUCAAAUGGCACAAUAUCAAAAAACAGUAUCAAUCACAAUGAUCCUAGCAAUCACAAUGGCUGCCCUCUACGGAGUUGCAGUUGCUCAAUCAUCAGGGUGCAACAAUGAGCUAGAAGGCAUGUCCCCAUGUCUCAACUACAUUUCUGGUGAUGCGUCAACACCAUCAUCAGGAUGUUGCAGCCAACUCGCGAUUGUGGUCCAGACACAGCCACAGUGCCUGUGUCAAGUCCUUAAUGGUGGUGGCUCGUCUUUUGGUAUUAAAAUCAACGAAACUAAGGCUCUUGAUUUACCGAAAGCAUGCAAUGUCCAGACACCAUCAACUAGUAAAUGCAAUGGAAACGCGUCAUCAAGUACUGGUUCAUCUGGUUCAUCAGAUGUAUCUUCAACUAGAGUUGCAACCAUUCCUACUGUAUUUUUGCUACUUGUUGCCGAGUAUGCUAUGGUGUUCUAAGUUACAAGUUUUAUAUUAGGAAAAAUUAUGUUCGGAUUUAUGAUAUUUGCUUAUUUCCCGUUGAUUCUUACCUUUUUUCGCAUAUGAACUUUGAGUUUGUCGAGGGACAUGCUAUGUAUGAAAUUGCUUUAUAUAUAUGAGGAUUUUGUAUUGUUUGAGAUAAA